AAGGCCAUGGCCCAGAAGAGCCUCACAGGCCACGCCAACGACCUGCCCUACGGAGACCUGGCCUCCGAGGUGACCAGGCGCAGAGUCACCAUGGCCACGGGAGAAGAGAUAUCUACCAAGAAAAGUGAUGAAGCCGGGGAGAUGCCCCCCACUCUGGACUCGGAGCAAGGCCCUGCUGGCGUGGCUGGCCCUUCAGAACCCCCCGCGCCGCCUCCUUCCCCCGCUGAAGACUGCAGAGUCUGAGCCGGCUGUGAGAGCCCGCCAGGAGGUCAGGGGUGUCCUUGAAGACGGUCUUGUCUUAGAACAUCUUUGUUCUUCCUUUCCUCACCAUCACGGCUGAGUGGUGUUUAUCCUCACGAGUGCACUAGGGCAACCUUUGGUUUUUCAAGCCAAGUCAAUGAUUUACAUCCAUAUUUGAGCUUUCAUUUGCCUUGUUCUAUGGAGAGUCGUCAAUUGUAUUUGAAUUAAAAAAAAAAAAAAAAAGACGAGACUUCAGUGUUUGUUAUUAAAUCGGGUUGGUGAAAAGUCCAGGAAUCUGUGACUUUAAAGAACUGCGCUACGGAGAACUAGGAGAGAUUUGGGCUUUCAAAGCUCAGCCAGGCACAUUACAGUCCUGUGGCCUGUGCACUUG